GUUCCGCGGGGCAAGAUGUCGGUGCGUGCGCAGAGGGCUGGCGGCAGCGGAGGCUCCCGCGGAGAGGCCGGCUUCAGUGCCCGGCGGAGGUGGGCGACGACGCAGGCCGGAGCUCCCUCGAGGCCCGCCCAGGCCGCGGCCCAGCGGGGGCUGAAGGUCCGCAACGCCCUGACCGCCCUCGCCAUCGGAGCCGUCGUCGCCGGCAUCUAUGGCUACACCUUUUACUCUGUCUCCCAAGAGCACUUCCUGGAUGAGUUGGAACUGGAGGCCAAAGCCGCACGGGCCCAAGCAGCAAAGACCUCUGCUAACUGAGACCAGCUGAGUACAGGAUUGGACAGUCUUCCCUAACCCUACAUUGGGUCACGUCUGCUCCCUUCCUCCUGCUGUCAGUCUGCAACAUUUGCUUUGUCUGGGCUCCCCCCCCCCCACUCCUUUCAGCUGUUUGAUGUGGAGCAAGAGCAAUAAAAGAGCUUUGUGAAGACGGA